CUGGCGAUUGCCGCGGCAGUAGCAAGCAGGGAGGCACCAGAAACGGCGGGGAAAGCGGCCUUUGCUGACCAGGUCCUGAACCGUGAAAGGGGAGGGCAGUCUUCCUGGCCCUACUACUUUUGGCAGCCGGCUGCAUUACUGGUGCGCCUAGACGUACCGUGCAGCUUUCCGCUAAGAAGAGAUUGAACCUCGGGGCUGCGCGCCUCGGCCCCUUCCUGCCUCGUCCUGCUCCGAUUUCAGAGACAGUUGCUGAAGCUGAGACUCUCGCAGCCCCGCGGUGUUCGGGAGCAGGAGUGCUCAGCUGUGGCCGAUGUCUCCGGACACUAGCCCUCGGCUGCCCCUGCGCAGGGCUGCAGAGCCUCCGCCUCCCGAAGCCUCCUGGGCCAGCCAGCUGGACGAGCCCACCGUAGCCUGGCAGGGUGACCCCAUCAGCGCCAGGCCCAGCACAGGCACCUUCCAGCUUGGGAUGCAGUUCUGGAUCUUUAACCACAGCGGAGAAGAGACCUCGCCCCCGUUUCUGACCGAUGCUUGGCUCGUGCCGGUCUUUUACGCCCUCAUCAUGCUGCUGGGCCUGGUGGGGAACGCCCUGGUCAUCUAUGUCAUCAGCAAGCACCGCCAGAUGCGCACAGCUACAAACUUCUACAUUGCAAAUUUGGCUACCACUGACAUCAUAUUCUUAGUGUGCUGUGUGCCCUUCACUGCCACUCUCUAUCCCCUGCCCAGCUGGGUGUUUGGCGACUUUAUGUGCAAAUUUGUCAACUACUUACAGCAGGUGACCGUCCAGGCCACCUGCAUUACUCUGAUGGCUAUGAGUGUGGACCGCUGCUAUGCUACACUGUACCCACUGCAAUCGUUGCGUUAUCGAACCCCCCAGGUAGCCAUGGCUGUCAGCUUUGCUAUUUGGAUUGGUUCCUUCAUUCUCUCACUACCCAUGGCUAUGUAUCAUCGCACCGAAAAUGGCUACUGGUAUGGUUUACGUACCUACUGCAUUGAAGCUUUCACAAGCAAGAGCCAGGAGCGCAGCUUUAUCCUCUACACUUUCCUGGGCGUUUAUCUAUUGCCUCUGCUCACUAUUUGCUUCUGCUACUCCAUCAUGCUCAAGCGCAUUGGACGUCCUGUGGUUGAACCAGUGGACCAUGAUUACCAGCAAGUGCAACAUCUCUCUGAACGCUCCGCUGCCAUGCGAGCGAAGAUUUCCAAGAUGGUUGUAGUGAUUGUACUUCUUUUUGCCAUUUGCUGGGGUCCUAUCCAGUUCUACCUGCUUUUUCAGGGCUUCUAUCUCCAUUUCCAGGCGAACUAUGAGACCUAUAAGAUUAAGACAUGGGCUAAUUGCAUGUCUUAUGCUAACUCUUCCCUCAACCCCAUUGUUUAUGCUUUCAUGGGAGACAGUUUCCGCAAAUCCUUCAAGAAGGCGUUCCCCUUCUUCUUCCGCCAGCGUGUACGGGACAAUGGCAUGCAUUCAGGCUCCCGUAAUGCGGAGAUGAAAUUUGUUACUGAAGAGACCUAACUUCUGUUGUGAUGAAAAGUUGGCUUGCUUCCUACCCAAGAAAGGAAGUUCAAACGGAUAUGUUAAUACAAGAUGGUUAUUGACUAAGCCAAAAAUGAAAGGUCAUUACUUCUGUAUCACCUACCCAAGGCAGAAUUUGCUGGACUCUAGGCCAGAUAAAUUCCAUAAUGAUAAGAACUAGGGUUUCCAUAUUGUUCAAUGUGGGUUUUAGUUUUAAAU